CCGAGCACUGUCCAGCCUCCGGGGCUGUGGCAGGCGGGGCUUAGAGGAAACCCUGAGCCGGGUAGCCCCUCCCAGAGCAGGGCAUAUCUCUGUGCUGUCCCUGGCCCUGCUCACAGUUCUCAGCUAGAUGGGACCAAAGCUUCACUGGCCUGCAGACUCCCACACUCCCACAUCAGCCCCCCGGGGGAGAGAGAGAGAGAGCAGAGAAGAAGAGACAGGAAGGGAAAGCAGCACACCACAGAGAGAGCAGAAGAGUGUGCACACUGGCUCAGAGAGAUACCACAAGACAGCCAGUGUGUGUGUGUUUUUUCUUCCUCUACUUUCCCGUAGAGCUGUUGAUGAGGCCGGCUGGGUCCAUCCAUCUCUUCUCAGUGUGGUGUCAGGAAGUGCCCAGGGGGGGGUCCGAGUGUGUGUGACUUUAUUUUGCAAUUUUUGAACACUGGAACUGUACUGUAAGCAUUAUGACUCUUCUGGGCUCUGAACACUCCAUACUGAUACGAAGCAAGUUUAGAUCAGUCCUACAGUUAAGACUUCAGCAGAGGAGGACACGAGAGCAGCUGGCAGACCAAGGCAUCAUGCCUCUGAACCAUGGUAAGUUCCCUAAGCAGGAGGACUCGUAUGCGUUUGAGGAGGACAGCAGCAGUGAGAGUCUGUCUCCGGAGCAGCACCACAGUGAUGAGUCGCAGGGCUCGGCCUGCCCUUCAUCGGAGGCUGUCGGCAGUACGCCCUCCUCCUCCUCCUCACUGCCCUCACAGCCCACGGCAGGGAGGAGCAACACCGAGACCCGCCCGAUCAGGGCCAGGAUGAAGCACUGUCUUGGUGCCCACAACAGCCAGGCUACUCCCCAAUACCUGGUCCUGCUAUUGUCAAGGUCAUCCAAGAUUCAGACAAAGAACCGACACAAGAAGCCCAAAGAUGUGAAGCCGAAGGUGAAGAAGCUCAAGUACCACCAGUACAUUCCUCCGGACCAGAACGAGAAGUCUCCUCCGCCCAUGGCCUCGGCCUACGCCCGACUCCUCCAGCAGCAGCAGCUCUUCCUGCAGCUGCAGAUCCUCAGCCAGCAGAAGCACGCUCACACACAUCCACAGCUGCAGCAGCACACACACACACACACUCACAGACACUAGGCCCAGGCCCAGGCCCAGCAGCGGCAGCCCUCCUUCAGCUACCAGCCUCACCCACGACCCAGAGCCACAAAAGGAGCCAGUGAGCAGCUGUCAGCUGUAGCUUCCAGUAGUCCACCAGCCAAGCCAACAGUAAACUCCUCCUCCCCAGUCAAGAACACAGAUGCCAACCAAAGCACCAUCUCACCGGUCAAGCCUGGGCCUUUGCCAGCUAAUCUGGAUGACCUGAAAGUCUCAGAGCUCAGGCAGCACCUGCGUAUUCGUGGCAUGCCCGUCUCCGGGACCAAGACGGCCCUCAUCGAGCGACUCCGGCCCUUCAAGGACUCCAACACCGGCUCCUCGCCCUCUGGCUCCUCUGACAUCACCACGGUGACCUUCCCUGUCACGCCCACAGGAUCCCUGUCCUCCUACCAGUCCCCGUCCUCCUCCAGCGCCCUGUCCCAGGGAGGCUACUACCCUUACCCCAGCACCUCCUCCACCCCUCCCAUCUCUCCCGCCUCCUCAGAGCUGUCCCUCAGCGGCUCUCUCCCCGACAGCUUCAGCGACGUGCCCAUGUCCUCGCCGACGCAGUUCGCCCUGCAGCCGUCUCCGGCCCAGCUCGGCAUGGAGGACGGCCUGGGCGGGGGAGGACAGAGGACGGGGGAGGAUGGUGAGGAAGCUGAAAAAGAUAAGAUGCUGGUGGAGAAGCAGAAGGUGAUUGAGGAGCUGACGUGGAAGCUGCACCAGGAGCAGAGACAGGUUGAAGAGCUGAGGAUGCAGCUCCACAAGAGGAAACGCUGCUAUGGAGCCACACAGGACCCCGCCCAUCCUCCAUCUCACUCCUCCAUGCACCACCAGCAGCCUCCAGCCAUGAUGGGGAGCACUUUCUUUGGGGUGACUAUCAAGCAGGAGCCCAUGUCUCUGUCCUCCAGCUGCCCUCUGUCCUCUCCUAAACAGCUGAAGAGCUCUGCCGGCAGCUGCAUGGAGGAUAUGGGACCCCUCUCCAAUAUGGGGGGCCCCGGCGGGCCACAAUGUAUGGACAUCUCCGCCAGACACUCCACAAUGUCUGCCUUCCUCAGUCCACAGUGCUCCCCACAAGACUCCCCCAUCGGAAAGCCUUCUAGUAGCCCCCAGCCUUCGUCUCCUAAUAACCCCUACCUGCUAUCACCUCCGCUGGAAGAGAUGGGCUGCGGUCACCCCCACCCACACCCUCACCCUCACCCCCACCCCCAGGCCAAUAACAGAGCACGCAACAUGCAGAUGCAACAGAAGAACGGUGGCCAGGCUGCUAACUGUUCUAUCUUCUGACCAAAGAGGCCUUCCCAGGGAGUCUUUCCCAACUCCACUGACGCGCACAGUGGCUCAGCCAAGCCUGACAACCACACUAUGCAACCAAAGAUGUCAGUAGUGCCCUCUCCUCGGCAUGUUGGCCUAAAGUGCCAGGUCUCUCCCCCUGCCUUCAGUAGCUCAGAUUCAGAUGCAUCAGACUUAAGACAGCCCCCAUGCUAUGAGGAUGCAGUCAAGCAGCAACUGACCAGAAGUCAGCAGAUGGACGAACUUUUGGAUGUGCUCAUAGAGAGUGGAGAGAUGCCAGCUAACGCCAGAGAAGAGAGGGAGAGGGCCUCUGUAACCAAAGUUGUGCCUCACAUUACUGUGUCCUCAGGGUGUCCCGGCCUCCUCAUCCCGAGGUUCCACAGACACUACGAACACCUGUCCCCCACCCAGCUCCCUUACAACCACGCGGCCAAUCACGUCACCGAGAGCCACCUGGAGAAUUUGCUGGGAGGUCCGAUUGGCCGGGCGGGGGAGGUGGCCCUUCUUAAAAUGGCUGCAGAGGAUGGGGGUCAAGAAGAUGAAGGGAACAGAGACGGCGAAGGGUACGGCAGUCCCCACAACCACCACCGCCAACCUCAUCAUUCCCAACAGGACAAACUUCUGACCAACAGAGAUCUGAUGGACACCCCUCUGUCACCCAUCAGCACCAAGGUGUCCGCCGUCUCCGAGGUGCAGGGGAUGGUCAGCAUGACUUUCAGCGAGACGCCGUGGGAGACGAUGGAGUGGCUGGACCUGACGCCGCCCAGCUCGGCCACGGCCUUCAGUAUCGCUCCACCCAGCGGGCCCAGCAUCUUCAACACGGAGUUCCUGGAUGUCACAGACAUUAACUUGAACUCUGCCAUGGACCUUCACCUGGAGCACUGGUGAGAGCAACAUGCCGUCAAACACAAGACACCAGCUAGCGAGUAGCUGUACGGACCGCUGAUAUCAGCUAUGACCAUACCAAAGAACUAUCGACUUGUACCCUCAACGGCUUCAAUCCAAGCGCCAGAAUGUGCCUCUUGAUAUACUAGAGUGGGAGGUGACAUUAAGUAGACCAUUAGCCUACAUUCAAAGAUUGACGGCUAUGUCAGAAGUUGAACUACAGAAUUAUAUAUUGAUGUACUCUCUCCACUUCCACUGUUGUCAUCAUACCCUUACAUACUUUUUGACAUGAUCUUUGUCCUUUUUGGACAACGAUGCGCACAACUGCCAAAUAAGUAUGACAGUGAAGGAUGAAAUGAAGGAUAUCCUAGAUAAUGGAUUACCUGAUUACAGUGCUUUAUACCAAACACUUCAUGAAAUAUCAGUGUUACGCCACCUAGACUUGAAGACACAUCUUGACAAUCAUUGUAUAUUUUCUGAGUCUAUGUUUGUAUUACUGGAAAAAAAAAAAAAUCGAAAGGAAUUACAAGGUGAAUUGGAUUGCUGAGUGCGGCCAUUUUGUAAAUAUCUGAACUAUCUGUACUGACGGAGACAAGUCUGCAUAUUUUGUCGGUGGUGUUGGGAGACGACACAAACCACAAAUCAAGUGUAUUAUGAAAUCAGUUCAUCGGAUCAUGUAAAUAUGACAGUUAUCUCACUGUGCACCUCUCGCUGAAUACACAUUUGUCACAGUUUGCUUGAGCUUAGAAUACGUGUGUAGAAAUGGUUGUCAUUCCUUUGAAGGACCUUUAUUUUCACUAUUUGGCGUAUUUAUCCACAGAAUGACAUUAUGGAGAGAAACGAAUGUCUUUGAAAAACCUUUGGUCUUAUCGGUUUUAAUCGGCAGACAGACUUUGCCUUAUCUGCAACAUUAUUACAAUCUUUUUUAUACCCGUUUCCCUUUUACAAUGUAUUACUGUAUUUGCUAUUCCCUGAAAGUCGUUGACAGAUAUUAAUAUAGAAAGCUCCAACAUAAGUCAACAACAUCAGUUUAUCAGACAAAUGUUAAUGAAAAGUACAACUUCAUCUCUAUUUUUUCUUACUAAGUAGUUUUUUGUCCUUACAAAUUUCACCCUUUCUAUUCCCAGGCCACAGUUAUUUAUUUUGUGUUUUUUAUAUUUAUACUUUAUCCUGUAUUUAUACUGACAUUCCUUUCUGAUAGAUUGGGGCUCUUUGAUUUAACAGGAAAAGUCCAGUGCUGCCAUUUUGACCACGAACAUUUCUUAGUAAAUCAAUUCUCUUAAAAAUGUGACACAAAGUGAAGGAACCACUUGGAAAAGCUAUGCUUUCUUAAAUCACUUCUCUUUAAAGAAUCCUAUGAAAUGUCCAUUAUUAGCACUUGUGAAUAGGAAAAUGUAAUAUAUUCAGAUCCUUACUGUGAAUACUGCAUAUUAACACAGCAUACACAUGUACCAGAGCCGGCCUAUACACACAGUAGUUACACCAAUGAGAGAAUUUCACACCCAAAACACCUCCAAGGUUUUUAGUUUGGGUCAGAAAUAGUCUUUUUUUGACACAUGUAAAAACUUAAAGGGAGGAGUACGAUGAGUAGACGGAUGCCUUUGAGAUCCAUCUUCUCAUCUAAUUAUCUUCUCUUCUAAUUAUCGGCAAGAAAGCAAAUAAUUAUACUUCCCAGAAUGUCAAACUUUUACUUUUAUAUUUCCAAUACAUUUCUUGCUUUUACAUUUCUGUCUGUAAACAUGUGUCUCACUGUGUGUUCUGUUUAGACCAAAUAUUGCUUAUUUCCUGUUACUUAUGAAGUGUUGCACUUGUGAAAUUGGUUCUAUGAUUCCAUGUCGGCUAGGAACGCCCAUCUCCAAUAUAUACGACAAAGCUGAUAUUCUUCACUUCCUGUCCUCUGUUGUAAGAAUAUCUACGGUUGGCUUCAUUUUACAAUCAUUUUCCCUUUUCAGGAAAACAAACAUCCCAUCUGACAGAAGCUUCCAUGUUGCUUGGCCACUGACUUGCUUUACUAUUAGUAUUUGCCUGCAUCCCUGUAUACUAAAGAAAGAAGAGCAAUAAACUUAUCACAGCAAAAUCA